AAAAAAAAAAAAAAAAACUGAUGGUAAAUUUAUUCUGAUCUUUUUUAGGUUUUUUUCUUAAUCCCCUCAAUCAUGUAUUCACUAUCUCUAUGGUAUGUAUAUCUUUUUUUUCUCCGUUCAAUUGAUUUUACCCUUUGUAUUUUGUUUAUGAUGAACCUGGCAUUUGGCUGUAUGUGUUUUUUACACACUGACGAAAAAAACCUAGCUACCUUUAACAAUUUUUUCUGACAAUCAACAAAAUAAGACUCCUCAAUUGAAUCCUAUCGGAUCAAAAAAAAAAAA